AUGGGAAUGAAUAAAUUUUGUGAUUUGACAUACGAAGAAUUUGUUCAAAAAAUGACGGAUGGUUUUAAACCUGAACUUCGUAAAUUAUCUAAUAAUAAGCAUGAUCAUCAUACAUUUCUUCCAUCAUCAAAUAUUGAAAUACCAUCAGAGGUUGAUUGGAGAAAAGAAGGCUACGUAACUGAAGUGAAAGAUCAACAGCAUUGUGGUUCAUGUUGGGCAAUGACAGCAACGGGUGCAUUAGAAGGACAGCAUUUUAAAAAAUAUAAAGAACUUAUAUCGUUAUCGGAACAAAAUUUAAUUGAUUGUUCUGGGGCACAAGGAAAUCUAGAUUGUAAUGGCGGAUUGAUGGAUCAAGCAUUUGAUUAUAUUAGAAUAAAUAAAGGAAUUGAUAUAGAAAAAAGUUACCCAUAUGAAGCUCAAGAUGGUAAAUGUCGUUUUAAACAAGAAAAUGUUGGUGCUAACGAUACAGGUUAUGUUGAUAUCACGAAAGGAAAUGAAAGUGAUUUAAAAACUGCUGUCGCAACAAUAGAACCAAUCUCAGUUGGAAUAGAUGCCAGUGUUAUUGUUGGUUAUGGUACAACAGAUCAAAAACAGGAUUAUUAUAUAGUUAAAAAUUCAUACGGUACUUCAUGGAGUGAUGAAGGUUAUAUUUUAAUGAGUCGUAAUAAAAACAAUCAAUGUGGAAUUGUCUCAAUGGCAUCAUAUCCAUUAGUAUAA